UACUAUAUUGAUUAGGUGUACAGUAGUGUCACGUGAUAACAUCCGGGGUCUUAGUUGUACACUGUCAUGUGAUCGUAUAUUUGGCGCGCUUUUCUCCGAAAUGGAGUGUGCUGGUCAGCGGAAGAUAUCCUCGUUUUUUACUCGAGAGCCUGCUAAACGAGUUCAAUCAACAGAUGAUUUCUCAUCUCCUGCAGCGAAGCAUUCCAGACUAGAGAGCGAGCACAACAACAUGUCACUGACGCCAGAACAGAAACAACGAUUAGACCAAAAGAGGUCAGAAGCUAGGCGACUUCUAAUACAGAAGAAAGUGCCGCAAGGAGUUGGACCGAGCUGGGAAAAGAUUCUCAACGCUGAAUUUCAGAAACCAUACUUUAGCCAGCUGACAAAAUUUGUAGAUGACGAAAGAUCUCGUUGUACUGUUUAUCCACCAGCACCUCAAGUUUACAGUUGGACCCAAUAUUGUCGACCAGAUGAGGUUAAAGUGGUGAUUUUCGGUCAGGAUCCAUAUCCUAAUGAUAAGCAAGCUCAUGGGCUUUGCUUUAGUGUUCCGCAUGGUGUUUUUGUACCAAGAAGUCUGAGAAAUAUAUACAAAGAGUUAGCAAGUGAUAUAGAUGGAUUCAAAAUUCCUCAACAUGGUCAUUUGGUUGGAUGGGCAAAACAAGGUGUUCUUCUUCUCAAUACAUGUCUUACUGUUAGAGCUCAAGCGUCUGACUCGCACAAAAGCAAGGGAUGGGAGCAGCUCACUGAUUGUGUUGUUCAAUGGUUGAACAAGAAUUGUUCUGGACUUGUCUUUAUGCUAUGGGGAGCAAAUGCUCAAAAGAAAGGUGCAGCCAUUGACAAGAAGAAGCAUUUAGUGUUAAAGGCACCGCAUCCAUCACCACUAUCUGCUGACAGAGGUUUCUUUGGCUGUUGCCAUUUCUCUAAGGCAAACCAGUAUUUGACAGGCAGAGGAGAGACGCCAAUCGACUGGAAUGAUCUUAAUUAGUGAGCAUAGCAAAUUUUUCGAGACAAGAGUUAGCUGACAAAGACAUGACUUUUUGUUGAAACAUUUUGAGGUUGUGUAUUUUACUGACGUAGAACAGUAACCAGAUUUAUCGGUUGAAUGAGUAAGUGUUUGGGCAUUUUUCUGCCACCUGUUACGAUUCAAUAAAUGUUGUGUUCUC